UGUGUGGACUUGAACUACAAAUGAACUACAAAUACCCCACGCGUCAAACUGCGUCAUCUGUAGUGGACGGCUCUAUCAAGUUCAUGCAAACUGCUUGCAAACAAUUAUGGCCUCAGACGAUGCGUUUAAAGUGUCUUCCCUGAAGGGGAAAGUGGCCCUGAUAACGGGUGCCAGCUCGGGUAUCGGGGCCGGCACAAGCGUCCUGUUCGCCAAACUCGGAGCCCUGCUGGCCCUGAACGGCCGCGACGUGGAAAACCUGAACAAAGUGGCCAAACAGUGCACCGACUGUGGAGCUGCUGAGCCUUUGCUCGUUCCCGGAGACCUCACUGAUGAGGAGACGGUGAAGAAGACAGUAGACCAAACCAUCGCUCACUUCGGACGACUCGAUGUCCUGGUCAACAGUGCCGGUAUCCUGGCCAUGGGCAGCAUUGAGACAACAGACCUUGCUCAGUAUGACAAGAUCAUGAACAUCAACGUCAGAUCUGUAUACCACCUGACUCAACUCUGCGUGCCCCACCUGAUCAAGACCAAAGGAUCCAUCGUCAAUGUAUCCAGUGUCAAUGGACAGAGAUCGUUUCCUGGUGUGCUGGCCUAUUGCAUGUCCAAGUCUGCCAUUGAUCAGUUCACACGUUGUACAGCACUAGAACUGGCAUGUAAGCAAGUCAGAGUGAACUCUGUCUGCCCUGGUGUGAUCAUCACAGAUGUCCACAAGAGAGCAGGACUAGAUGAGGAACAGUAUGCCCAGUUUCUUGCAAAGUCCAAGCAAACCCAUGCCCUCGGCAGACCAGGGGAGGUGGAGGAAGUGGCCCAGAGCAUCGCUUUCCUGGCGUCUGAUGCUGCCAGCUUCAUUACUGGAGUCAACCUACCUAUUGAUGGUGGCCGCCAUGCCAUGUGCCCAAGAUAGAUCAUGUAUACCGAGAUAAAAUAGUGGUACCCCCUUCUCGAGUUUGCCUGUGUUUUUGUCUCAAAUAAGGCUGCAGGUGAAACAAUCUCCCUAUUGCCAUAAACAAACAAGGCAUUACCUCAAGGACACAAUUUUUCUCCAUGUUUACAGUGGUAGUAGCUGUCAGGAUUCGACAGGUCCAUGUGUGAAAUUAAUAGAAGGGAGCUAAAACGCACUGCCACAAGCAGGCAGUUUAAAUGCAUUUUGUUUCCUCACUUUAUGAGGUUUUCUUUUGAUGGGGGACAAAAAAAUGAAAAGUUGCUUAUCAACAAAGGUUUCAGACAUUUAUUGAAUUACCUGUUGAGUCAUUAGACUUCAUUUACGCAGCAUAAAAUGUCUUCAAAGACCAAACACUGUAAGCUCAUGUACCAUGUGUAAUUUAGUGUUGUGUAUUGUAAGAAAUCCUCUGAGUUUAUAGAUUGGUGGGACCAACCGUCAUUGCUGCACCUUUGAGAUUGACAAAUUAAUGAACAGGAAGGGAAAAAAAAA